AUAACCUACCCACAAGAAUGCAAGCAUGUGAGACACAGGAGUCUUUCUUCCACUCUAGGCCUCCUCGUAGCAAAAGGGAGGCACAAGACUUAACUUAUGCAGUGUUCAGGUGAACAUGUGAAUAAAGGAUCAACCUUGCAUGGUUUCAGCAUCAGGAUCUGAGAAGGGUUUUAUGAUGGGAGAGAAAACAUCUUGACCUUGUGUGAACAAAGACGAGGCGUCCAGAGUGGUUAACCUCCUUGAGCAGAGCUGUCAGACAGACACUUUCUUAAAAGUCAGCAUUCUAUCACUUCUUUUGGAGACUCACAGUGGAAAGGACUAAGCUGCAGGUGGAAGCUUGAUUCUGCAUGUUUCUGAGCUGGACACAUCGCAACCACUGUCUCUACUGUCCUUCCCAUCAGAAUCCUCCGUGAUCUCAAAGGCAGACCUCAUAUAAAAAUGCUCUGAUAUUCGAAACAGCCAGAGAUAAAUGUGCAUUCGGUUUAGGAUUAAGCAGCACUAAUUCUACUGCUGGCUAUUCCUCACUCAAUAAUGCUGAAAUGAACUAAGUAGAAGAGCCUACAAGAAAGAAAAAAGAUUGCCUUUUCUGUGGUGAACAAAGCUGAGAUCUUAUAGAAAGCUGGAAGAAGUGGUAUAAACAUCUGGCCGUUUACUACAAAGGAUAUUUCUGGUUUGAGCUGCAUAUGACCUCCUGAGAGCCAAGGCUCUUGUUGAACCAUGAAGGAGCAGAUUCCUGAAUUCUUCAAUGAUUUGUGGACACUUUUGGUCACCAAACACAACGAGGGCAUUUACAACACGUUGUGUAUUGUUGUGCUCCUUAUGCUGCCUGUACUUGUUUUCUGCACUUCUCUGGUUGUUUGCUGUCACUGCUGCUCAUCCUUUUGCAGAGGACGUGAUUGUUGCUGUUGUAGAGAUUCUGCCACACUGACUGAGACACAGGUUGAAAAGAAAAAGAAAAAGAAGAAGAACGCUGGCCCGAAUGAGCAGGACUUGUGGAUUUCAGUCAAAAUGGACCCCAUGACUCCAGACAGACUGGCCCUUACCUCUGUGUAACUGGGCCAUGAUCUGUUUCAAAGUACAGGUUGGAUAUUCAUAUAUGCCUAGCUCUUAUAUAAAUUACAUUACUUAAUAGUAAGUCAAGCCAACUGGAUGCAUUAUAAUAUGGAAGACAGUUUUCCACUCAUUCAAGGGAUGAGUUCGAAAUUAUAAGAUAAGAUGAAUCAUCCUGACUAAGAACUACUAGAUAUUUAGAAUGAUUUUCCUAGAUGAACUUAAUUUUAUGAAACUUUAUAUGAAAUUAAGCAAGCAAGAACUAUGUAAAUGGGGUCAUAAAAGAUACAAAGCUUAUUCUUCCCCUAACCCUGAACUUUGCAACAAAUUUAGUUAAUUGUUUUGUGCAAUAGUGGCGAACAUCCCUUUCUAAAUACAACACUGCUGACAGAGCAGAGAGAAAAGAGCUUCCUGAACGUUCAAAGUAAAGCACUUGUGUACAGCAAUAGCAGCUCUGUAAGAAAUAAAUGAAAAGAUGCCAAACCUUUUAAAUAACUUUUGCUGAAUUCAUUUUCAUGAAUGAAAAAUAAGAAUACUGAAUCAAAAAUGAAUCAAAAUGAUUUAAUAUACAAUUUCUCAACCCUGAGAUGCUUUUUAAACAGUAUUAAAGGAGUUCCCACCUACGCUGGACUCUUAUCGGCUGCUUUUCAGAAUAUUUCACCCCAAGUUAUCCGUUUAAAAGAAUAUUUUUUGUUGGAAAUAAAAUGUUAGUUUUCUAAUGAAAGAAAUUAACAUUUUGGCACAAUUAACACAGAUUUCAAACAUUUAAUCACACACCUUCAGAUCCAAAGGUUUUUUUAGAUCAUGAGAAACAUCUGAGUCAAGUGUCUCCAAACUUUUGACUAGUACAGUAGAGUAGGUUUUGAUGAAUAAAUACAUAUGGGCUAAUCAUGAGCGAAAGCAGUUGAAUUAGCGUGAGCAAGUUAAUUUCAGGUUCGUGUGUGAUUAUGAAGGUUAUUUUGUUUGUUUGUUUGUUUUGUUCUGUUUUUUUUUUUCAUUCUCUACGCUGUUGAUGUAUGCAAAUGAUGAGAGUCCAGUGUCUUGUGUAUAACAAAAUUAAAAUAAAGGUACUGUAUUUUUCUA